GCGUCCCUCGCGGAAAUCGCGGUCGACGCGGUCUCUCGCCGCGCCGCGCGCGGCGUCUUCGCGCGAUGCCGACGCGAGCGCACGGACGCGUUCCGUCUCGUGCACGGCGUCAGCGAGGGCGCGCCGGGGGUGACGAUCGAUCGAUACGGCGACGCGCUGUACGUGCAGUCGUGGCGCGAGCCGAUCGCGGAGGCGGAGCUCCGAGACAUCGCGGAGGCGGCGCGCGCGGGCGAGGAGGAGGAGGAGGAGGAGGAGGAGAAUGACGACGACGAGAAUGACGACCCCGCCGCGUUCGCGUUCUCCGAGCUCGGUCUGCGGUACGACUUCGUCCCGCCGCGACGGUUCGGCGACCCGUCGCUGUUCUUGGACUUCCGCCCGACGCGGCGGUGGAACGCCGCGGCGGCGCCGAAACCGGUAUCCGUGUUGAACGCGUUCGCCUACACGUGCGGCGUCGGCGUCGCAGCCGCGUCCGCGGGCGCGUCGCGCGUCCUCAACACCGACCACAGCGAGACUUACCUGCGAUACGGCGCGCGCAACGCGGCGCUCAACGACGUCGCGGCCGCGACGCAGUCGCUGUGCGAGGACUUUUACCCCGCGGCGAGGCAGCUCGCGGGUCUGUCGACGCCCGGGCGAAGACGCAAGAGCGAUUUCGGUCGCGGAGGUCGCGGUCGCGGGGACAAGCGGCGGCUGAAGAAAUCCGCGCCCAUCAAACCCGAGAGCUUCGACCUGGUGAUCUUAGACCCGCCGACGCUGACGAAGACUAGCUACGGCGCCGUGGACAUCGAGAACGACUACCAGUCGCUCGCGAAACCGGCGGCGUUGUGCGUGUCUCCGGGCGGCGUCUUGGUCGCGACGAAUCACUCCGCGAAGGUGGGUCUGGACGACUGGCUCGAGAUCGUUCGGAAGUGUGCGACGAAGGCUGGGUGCGAGGUCGCGGGCGUGGAGGUUAUCGCCCCGGAGGCGGACGACGACGAUCAUCCGGCGAUGGAGGACGGGAAGCGGCCGCUGAAAGUC